UACUGUGUAACAUUGGAUGUGUAGCAGGAAAAAGGACAUUCCUGAAUGUGUCAUGUGCCGUUGUCUGUCUGUCAGAGCAAGAGGUGGGGGGCAGGACAGAUGGAGGGAUUCCGUAGCCAAGGAGUAUUUAUAAACAAGACUGAGAGAGAUGGGGAGAGAGGGAGGGGGGUCUGUCAGCUGGAAAAGGAAAAACAGACCAAGAAAAACACUAGGAGGAGAGAAAGAAAGAGAGAGAGAGAGAAAGACCUCAGGUCGGAGAUAAACAAUGUCAGAGAGACGUGGGGCGGGUGGCGAGGCUGUAACGGGCCGUGAGGGACGAGGAGGCACUGGGAGAUUUACAGGGCAGGGAGGAGGAAUGGUGCCAUGACAACGGACAGGGUUUAAGGGCACAUGGAGGAGGCGUGAGACAGGGUCACCUGGGCGAGAAGCAGAGAGCAAGGAGCCGGGCCGGAUGGCACUGGGGUGGAGACGCUGACCUCAGAGAGCCUCAGCCGUAAGAAGGAAAAAAGAGUGAAAGAGACGAGUCGGAGAAAGAAAGGGGGUGGGAGGUGCAGGGAGGGAGACUCACCAAAAAAGGGCUCAAGCUUGAGCUGGGGACGCCGCGAGUCAGGCAGAGACAGCAGUGAAGCGAGGGAGUGAAGAAGGGAGAGAGAGAGAGAGAGAGACAGCAGAGGGCUGAGGUCAAAACCUGUAGCCAGGGCAGGCCACCAGCGGCCAAUCAGAGUGGAGGUAAGGGGGCAGGCGGGAACAGCUCCUCCGACGGGACCAUGGGCCGCUGAGGCGGGAACCGGCACUAUGUCCACAGGCUCCGGGCCACAGGAGACGGGUGGGGAGGGCGGGGCGAGCGGGUCCGGCCCGGUGGGCCUGCAGACGCUGCUGGACCUGCUGGUGGGCGUGUACCAGGAGUUCCGCGCCUCGCCGUUCGCACAGGAGAGAUACGUGCGCGGCUUUCUGAACUGGGCUGAGCCACUGGUGAGGCAGGUGAAGAAGACUCGUAUCCAGCGCGACGACUUUGACAUCCUCAAAGUGAUUGGCCGAGGAACUUUCAGUGAGGUGGCGCUGGCACGCAUGCGUGAGACACAGCAGAUUUACGCCCUAAAGAUCAUGAACAAGUGGGACAUGCUGAAGCGAGGAGAUACAGGGUGUUACCAGGAGGAACGGGAGGUGCUGGUGAAAGGCGAUCGCCGCUGGAUCACCGAGCUGCACUACGCCUUCCAGGACGACAACUACCUGUACCUGGUGAUGGAUUACUACGUUGGUGGUGACCUGCUGACCCUGCUCAGUAAAUUCGGGGACCGGAUCCCAGAGGAUAUGGCCCAGUUCUACCUGGCAGAGUUGGUGACGGCCGUGGAUUCCAUCCAUAGGCUGGGAUAUGUACACAGGGACAUCAAACCAGACAACGUCCUACUUACCGCUGAUGGCCACAUUCGCCUGGGCGACUUCGGCUCGUGCCUGAGGCUUCAGGAAGAUGGCAUGGUUUUCUCAUCCCUGGCGGUCGGCACGCCGGAUUACCUGUCCCCCGAGAUCCUGCGAGCCGUGGAGGGGGGCGGCGGCUACGGACCGGAGUGCGACUGGUGGGCGGUGGGCAUCUGCGCGUACGAGAUGCUCUUCGGAACCACGCCCUUCUAUGCAGAGAGCAUCUCAGAGACGUACGCCAAGAUCAUCCACUUCAAGGAGUACUUUGAGUUCCCGCUGUCGGGCCCCGAGGUCUCCGCUGAGGCACGCUCACUCAUCGAGGGUCUGAUCUGCGAACGGGAGAAGCGAUUGGGUGCCGGCGGCUGUGGGGACUUUCGGAAGCACCCCUUCCUCUCCGGCCUGGACUGGAGCUCUUUGCACCGCCAGCCAGCGCCGUUCCUGCCAGAGGUGUCCAACCCCACGGACACCUCCAACUUCGACGUCCUCGAUGACUGCCUCAGUGAGAUGGAGACGCUGUGUGACGUCAUGGACCGGGCGCCUGUGGGGGUUCACCUGGCCUUUGUGGGCUACUCCUACACAGCCACGAGAGAGACAGGGGCAAUGGAUCGGAGUCAUGACAUCAUGAUGGAGAUUGACAGGCAGGCAGUCAAAGACCGCAACACUCUGAGGUUCCAGGAGAAACUGAGUCCAGUAUGGCAGCUUAGGGAUAGUCCCAGCGCUGAGCUGCCAGUGCUGCAGGUGCUCCCCCUGCUGGCCGUGCCAGGAACAGCAGAUGCUGUGUGUGGCAGCGACAAGGCACAGCUAAACACGGCGUGGAGCGAUGACCUGCACAGGAGGCUUCGGGAGGCAGAGAAGAGGAACGGGGAGCUGGAGCGGGAGAUGGCGACGCUCCGGGAGGAGAUCGAGAGCAUAUGCAUCAAGGACGACUCAGAGCUGAAUGUCUGCCCCCCCCACCCAGGUCUGAGGGCUACGGUUGACCCUAGCCCCCCGCCCCCCCCAUCUCCAGGCAUCAGAGCCCAGCAGCUGAGCUCCUCCUCGCCCAGUACGCGCACCCCGGCAGAUCCCUUGUGGGGUAGAUUCAAGGACAACGGCGCCUCCUGUCUGCCAUCAUCCGCUAGUGAUCCCUCUACACUGAUACCUGCUGCUCUUCCACAGGGUGAAGUGGCCUCAGGUGACCUGUGAGGGCUACCUGUUGGUGUGCAGAGGUGGGGAGGGGGCACUCUGUGCCUGGAGGAGGCUGUGCAGUUGAGACAUCUCUUGACCCCUCUCCUCACACUGGGGGCACUUGUCGAUCCCUCCAUCUCACCUAGCAUCUUGGAGUUGCCUUUCUCCAACACCAAAGUGUCAACAAGAUCACAGCAGUGGAGGUCCAUGACAAAGCCGGCCACACAGUAUGGACCAGGUGACUUUGCAAUGUCCAAUCAGGGCAACCCAUCUAGCUGGCACUGGUACACAGGGUUCCAGGCAGAACAGCAGAGAGAAUGAUGGACUUCUUGAAAUUGGAGCCUCUCUGCUUUCUUUACCUUCCUACUGUUCUUCAGUUGAAGCAAGGGAGAGAUCAGUCACCCUCCCCAAAUCUGAUACACCAAUACUGUGGACUAUUCAAUGUGCCUUACCAGUGCUUUACUGAAUCAGGGAUGGACUGAGUCCAGGAGAUGUGGAGAGCAAGCAGCAGAGAGAGACGAGUGGAGGUCGCUGAGGUUACACGGCAUGCAGGAGGUCAGGCAAUGGACCAGCAUGGUUGUACGUUCUGAGACGGCAACCUUCCAGAACUUCCAGGACUCAUCCCUGCAGCGGAAAUGUGUUUUUUGCUGAAAUUAACCAAGGGAACCUCUAUGCAAAGAUUUCUGAUGUGUCUGCAGUGCCACACAGAAAUGCGUAAAUCCAACAAGAUGGACAGCCAGAAGCAGAAAUGGGCAGCCAGAUGUUUGUAAACAGAUUCAGGAGGACUAGCUGACGAGGCCUGCUGAUGAGGCCUGCUGACAAGGGUUGAGUGUAGGCAUGUGAAGCAUUCGUCAGGACUUCACAGAACAUUUCUGCCACUUAGGAUAGGAAGAUGCAACACUUUCUUGGGGAUUUGAUGAAGAUGAUGGUGACUUGCGUGCAAAGGACACACAGACAUGUCAGGGGGGAGGGUUGUCGCAGAAUAUUGAUGGCGUUUGACGUGCGCAACUGUGAUGUUAAAUGACUCUUAGUCUUAACUAGUCUUAACAGGACCAAUUCUGUGGUUCUUAAAGGGCACUGUACUGUACACCAGUGUGAAAAGGAGGAGAGGGCAAGCAGCCAAUCAGGUGCGAGGGGUGGGCCUGACAGGCCUUCAAGUCGAAAGGCUGGAUAUGUCCUGCCCUGUUCUUUUGUAUAACACAGCACUAAUGUUUACACUUGUUUGAAUUUUCCAACUAGUCAUUGGUCUACAUGUGCAACUUGUGCAGAUGCAUUUCGGCAUGUAUUGCAUUUUACCUUUAAUACAUAUUGCACUAUAUGAUGCUUAAUAAUAAUGUGGGGUGGGGUCAGUCUGGGUGGACGGGGCCGUGAUAGUCGGUAACCAAGGACACGAAGGGUUCGUGUGCCCUCCAUCGAGGUCGGGGUUGGGGGCUUUAAGUGGGACGUUCUCGUAAUUUUCGUCACGUUCACGGAUGCAUGAUGUUUACUAAUAAGACACGGAAUGUAGCAGCCGGGAAGAGGAUGACGGAGGGUCGCGGUGGGUGUUGCUGAGUUCAGUGCUGCAUGUAAACGGGAGUUGUAUGCAAUGGUUGUGAUUUUAACAAAAGUGUGCAAUAUUUCAGUUACUGCAUGACGGACGCACAUAACCUUCACGUACUAGGUAACAUAAUGAGAACGUAAUAUAUUGUCGUUUUUAAAAGAUUUUGCAGGCGUUUAUUUUAUUACGAGGAAAAUAUUUAAGAGUUUAUUCUUGCUCACGUGUAAUCACCGAAGUUGUUCUUGUAACACCAAUAAAGAGAUGCAUUAUUAA